AUGUCCUCCUCGCCGACCGUCACGGUCAACGGCUGCACCGUCGUGGGCGCCUUCCAGCCCGCCUCGGCCAAGUACCCCCAGGCGCUGGACAUCUUCCAUGGCAUCCCCUUUGCGAGCGCCCAGCGCUUCAGCCCCGCCGUCGCAAUGCCGCUGGACGGUCAGGCUCCGGGUCUCGUCAUUGACGCCUCGCGCCCUGCGCCCUCGCAGCCCUUCCCGAUGGCGCCGCACGCAACGGCCGAGGACCCGCUGAGCCUCAACAUUGUCCGGCCGUCCUUUUCGGCGUCGGCGUCGGCGUUUGUGGCGGCCGGUGAUGGUGACGAUGGCAUUGGCGGCGAUGAUGGGGACGUUCUCACUGCUGCGAUUGCGGCUGCUGGUGGUGCUGCGAGGCGAGACUUGCCGGUGGUGAUUUACGUGCACGGCGGGGCCUUUAACUUUGGCUUCCCGGCGGAGAGGGAUCUGGCGUCGUUUGUGGCCUGGGGCAGGAACCAGGUGCUGGUUGUGAGCAUUUCGUAUCGUCUGGGCGCGCUGGGCUUCUUGGCUGGGUCGACGGAGGCGACGCCAAAGGGCGUGAAUCUGAAUCUGGGGUUGAGGGAUCAGCGGGUGGCGGUUGAGUGGGUGAGGCAGUGGAUUGGCGAGUUUGGGGGGGAUGUGGACGAUAUCACGCUCUGGGGAUCGAGUGCCGGGGCGCAUUCUGUCGGCCAUCACAUGCUCAAUCCUUCUCCCCUUCCCUUCCGCAAAGCCAUUCUCGAGUCUGGUUCUCCUACCGCGCGCUCUAUCCUCUCACCUUCACAUCCUCGCAGCGUUGCACAGCUGAAUGAGCUCGGCAUGUACGCCAACAACCAGCCGCUCGCUUCUCUCCCCAUCGACGAUCUCAUCCAGUCUUCUUUUACCGUGUACGCCAUGCACCACACAGCCGUGACCUGGCCCUUCCAGCCCGUCAUUGAUGGCCCUGGAGGCGCCGUCCCCGAUCUGCCCCUGAAUCUGUGGCGCGAUCUUAUCAGUUCGGGCCGCGCAAAGGAGUUAUCCAUCAUCACAGGCUUUUGCUCUCACGAGGGCACUAGUUUUGCGCCCCAGCAUGCUUCUACCAGCGCCGAGUUCCGCUCCUUCUUCCAGAAACUCAUUCCUUCCUUUUCGGCGGACGAUCUUGAUGCGCUCGAGCUGCUCUACCCAGAUCCCCUCAUCGACCCAGAUUCCCCGUAUCGCCAACCUCCCGGUAUAGGCGGUCCUCAGAAACGCCCCUAUGGGGCUCAGUUCCGCCGCAUUCAUGAGGCAUACGGCCACUAUGCAUACAUCUGCCCCAUACUACACACCGCACACACUCUAUCCAGGGCCGGAGCCCGCGUCUACGUCUACGAAUACGCCGCUCUGUCUUCCCCCUUCAAGGCAGCCUCUCACAGCGACCAGCCUCCCGCCGUGACGCACGAUCUUAACGUUCUCGAGUUCACGCCAGGCCUCGUAGCCGUUGCCAAAGAAAUGAACCAUCGCUGGGUCUCCUUUUGCUCAUCUCCGUCUGGUAAGUUGGACCCGAGGGAUGAAGAUGAACGGUGGCCCGAGUUUCAAUCGCCCCUGGGGGAUGACAGCGGCUCUUCUGCUGUCCCAGGAGCUGGAGCGGGCAAGCUUCUGGUUUUUGGAGAGGGCAAUGACGAGGCUGCGGGAGGACGGAAUCAAGGUACUCCUGUAAAGGCGAGGACGUUGACGGAGAGGGAGCUGGAGCAAUGUCGCUUCUGGUGGGACCGCAUGGAGUUGAGUCAGGGGAUGGGAGAGCGAGGCGCAGCGACGGCUUGGCUGAGAGCGUGA